AUGGAAACGUCGCUGCAGAUGGUGGCGCAUCCGACUACGGAGAAGGGCGCUCGGAAGCCGAAGUGUGCCCGGUGCCGGAAUCAUGGACUCAUUUCCUGGCUCAAGGGCCACAAGCGGUAUUGCCAAUAUCGGGACUGCGCGUGCAUCAAGUGCAAUCUCAUCGCCGAGCGACAGCGCGUCAUGGCCGCUCAGGUACAGUUGACACUUUCGAGCGAAAAUUGCAGAUAUGUAACGAAUAGAAGCAAGUUACAGCAGGACAAGUAA